GACGCACAGGCUUAUAAAUUAUUUACCAGCAUUUACAAUGGAUUCUCUGUAUUGGAAGGAUGAUUGGUUUAUGGCAAUUAAAGACAAUAAAGUCAGUAAAAUCCACAGUACUCUGACCGAAACCGGUUGGCCUAAAGAUUUCGAGUGGUUAGAUUAUGAGCUUCUCCUCACCGCGCUAACCAUGGAUCGCGUAGAGGUUGCGCACGUACUGCUUGACCAUAAUGCACGCCCGGAAAAAUUAUUCAGCAAGUCAAUGCAUGCUCCUCUACAGGUCGCUGUGUCAAAACCGACAACAGCGUUGCCAGACCUGAUCAGGAAGAUUCUUAAGAAUGGGGGAAAUGCCAUUUUAAAGCGAGGUGUAGACCGCCAAUCGUCAAUUCACGUGGCAUUCAAUAAAGGAGCACCGGGUGAAGUAAUUGAUUUAUUGUUUCGAUCGGUCACGUUGAAAAGCAAGGCUGAUUGGGGUGAUAUCUAUGGACUAACCUUUUUACAUAUCGCUUGCACGAGACCAAAUUUGAAUAUUGUUAAAAUGUUUUUUGACGUUAGAAAAAAGGAUUAUCAGGUUAAAAUAUGUGGUUACAACUAUGCCGGUUUCACAGCGCUGCAUUUCGCUGUAUAUAGUGGCAUGUACGAAAAUGCUAAAUUUUUGAUUGAUAACGGAUCUAACAUUUACCAACGAGAUUAUAAUGAAUCAAACCCUAUACACUUAUCGUUGAUACGCCGAAACGUCCAUCUGAUCGACUUGCUAGUUGCUCACGAUAAACAGAGAAUAAAUAUCGUUAACAAAUUUGGGGUGUCGCACUUCAUGGUAGCAUGCGCUGGUUCAAGAAAAAACUUCCUCGAAGAGUACCUCGAAGCGGCGACUGAUGAUUCUUACGAUAUGAUAUCGGCUAAAGUAACAGAGGUUGGAGACUGCCAACACUAUACACCUCUACAUUUUGCAGUGGAUGCGGGACAAGCUGAUAACGUGAAAUUCCUUAUUCAAGAAGGCGCUGACUGUUGCUCUGAAGCAGCGGAUCAUUCGACUCCGCAUACGUUAGCUCACAAAAGAGACUACAAAAUUAUUGGUGAAAUCUUGCAGAGGCACUGCAAUAUCGUGAAAAAGUGCAAACAAAGUAGAUCUCAAGAUCCAGAUUUUAAUCAAUGGGGCGAUAAUUACGAGAGAAAAGUUUUGAUUAAGUUAGUAAGAGAAUUUACGCAGCUUGACCAAACUCUGGAACACUUGAUAACUAUAAAUCAACAUUAGAUCUGCCAAAAUUGUGGGCGGAAUAUUUUAAUGAAAAUUGUCAUCAGUUAAAAGGAUUCAACUUAUAAAUUUUGAAGUAUACUUGGAAAAUAUUAUAGCAUUUAAUAAUUGAUUUGUGCUUAGAUUUUAUCGAUUUAAUGUACUAAUUAUUAAGUAUUAGAUAUUGAAGCUCUAUUUUUAUGAUUAUUUCAGCUUAAACUAAUCGCAUGCAUUUUUGAUUAACAAAAUUUUAUAACAUAUUUAACACUCAUCAUUAUUAUAUAUGACUCUUGUAUCAA